AUGAAGAAAGCUUUGAAGUUAGUGGUUCUUUUUCUCUUUGCUAUUCCACUAUGCGGCCAUGCGGAGGAAUUCCCGAAGACAUGUUCGAACCUUCCUCCAUUGGAAUCAUCUCACAGCUUUCGAUACGAAGUCUCCAAAAACGAGUCUUUAAGAGUCGAAGCUAUGGCUCAUUAUUACAAGCACGCCCAUCACCAUCAUCAUCAUGAAUCGCCAUGGCCCGACCUUCUUCCCAGAAAGAUGCUGAAACAAGAAGAUGCAUAUGAGGGGGAAGCCAUGUACAGAGAGAUGAACAAGGACGGUGAAUAUUCGCCUCCUCAAGGUGUUCUUAGACCAGUGUCUCUGCACGAUGUGAGGUUGAACCCAGAUUCGCAUCAUCAUACUGCCCAGAACACGAAUCUGCAGUAUCUGUUGAUGUUUGAUGUUGAUCGUUUGAUUUGGAGCUUUAGGAAGACGGCUGGUUUGCCUACUCAUGGUGAACCUUAUGGAGGCUGGGAAGGUCCUUAUAUUGAGCUUCGUGGUCACUUUGUUGGUCAUUAUUUGAGUGCAACUGCGCACAUGUGGGCAAGCACUCACAAUGAAGCAGUGAAGGAGAAGAUGGAUGCCCUUGUUGGCAAUCUCUCUUUAUGUCAGAAGAAAAUGAACACCGGAUAUCUCUCUGCAUUUCCAACCGAGCUCUUUGAUCGUCUUGAAGCUCUGGAAUUUGUCUGGGCUCCCUAUUACACCGUUCACAAGGUAAUGGCGGGGCUGUUGGAUCAAUAUACGUUUGGGGAGAACGAGGAGGCAUUAAGGAUGGUGACGUGGAUGGCGGAUUACUUCUACGACAGGGUGAUGAAGUUUGUGGAGAAGAACACAGUGCCCAAGUUCUAUGAGAUAUUGAACGAUGAGUUUGGUGGAAUGAACGAUGUGCUUUAUAGGAUUUACCACUUCACAGGCAAUUCUAAGUAUCGUACAUUGGCUCACAUGUUUGAUAAGCCUUGCUUUUUCGGCUUACUUGCCACUAAGUCUGGUGACAUAACGGGUCUUCAUGCGAAUACUCAUCUGGCCGUCGUUAUUGGAGGUCAAAUGCGCUAUGAGAUUGUUGGUGACCCGCUUUACAAGGAAAUAUCCACUUACUUUUUGGACCUUGUUAACACUUCACACGCAUAUGCGACUGGAGGCUCAAGUCAGUCUGAGCAUUGGCAAAAUCCAGACAGAAUGGGUGAAAUUCUAAAAUCCGACACCGAAGAGUCUUGUUCAUCUUACAACAUGUUGAAGGUUGCUCGGAAUCUAUAUAGAUGGACAAAAGAUGUAUCAUAUGCAGAUUAUUACGAGAGAAUAUUAACAAAUGGAGUGUUGGGCAUACAAAGAGGGACAGAACCUGGGGUUAUGAUCUACAUGCUCCCACAAGGUCGUGGUGUUUCCAAGGCUGUUUCAAAUCAUGGUUGGGGCUUUAAGUUUGAUUCCUUCUGGUGCUGUUAUGGCACUGGAAUCGAAUCUUUCUCUAAGCUUGGAGACACCAUUUAUUUUGAGCAGGAAGAUACAGCCAAUAAAAACCCUACUCUUUAUAUUGCUCAAUAUAUCUCAACUACUUUCAAUUGGAAAGCUGCCAACUUCCUCCUCAAUCAAACUCUCUCGACUUAUUCUUCUUAUGACCCUUUUGUCCGUGUCACCUUCACAUUUUCUCCCCACCAGGGAGAAGAGGUGCCGUCUUCUACAUUAAACCUUCGUAUACCGACAUGGACAUACGUAAAUGACACAAGUGCUUUACUCAACAACGAGCCUUUGAACCAGCGUGUUAAUGGAGGGUCAUAUUUGACGAUAACAAGAAAGUGGAGCGCCAGUGACAAGCUCACCCUCAUCUUUCCCAUCACCCCAAGAUUGGAACCCAUAAAAGAUAACAGGCCAGAAUAUAAAACUGUAAAUGCGAUCAUAUAUGGUCCAUUCCUUCUUGUGAGCCACACGGUUGGGGACGAAUGGGACCUUCAAGUUUCUGAUCUGAACAUGAAACCAGAAGAUUAUUUGCAUGCAAUCCCAGCCAAUAAUCAUAGCCACCUCUUCACUUUCUCACAAGACUCUGCAAACUCAAGCUUCGUCUUGACCAACCUUAACGUCACCGACAGUAAAACGUUGGCCAUGGAGAAAUUACCUCAGACCGGCACCGUGAGAGCCACUCAUGCGACCUUCAAUCUGGUCUUACUAGACAGUAAUAAAGACACAUUAUUUGCAGAUAUUAAUGAUGUUCUUGACAAGCCGGUCUUGCUCGAACCAGUUCAUCUUCCUGGGAGGCGCUUGAUUCAUCAAGGGCCAGAGAAACCUUUAUUGCUCUCCAACUUUUCCACUGGUUCAUCAGAUGAUCAGUCUUCACAGUUCAGAGUGGUUCAUGGGUUAGACGGAAGAAACGGCAGCGUUUCUAUUGAAUCAGUGAGCAACAAAGGUUGUUUCUUGUACAGUGGUGUGGAUUAUAGCGAAGGUGAAGAAGUGAAGCUCAAGUGCAAAUCUGCAGAUUCAUCGAAUGGUACAAGUACAACGUUGUUCAACAAGGCUGUCUCUUUCGUUGCCGCUAAGGGACUCAAAGAGUACCAUCCCAUUAGCUUUAUUGCUAAGGGCUUAAACACGAGUUAUCUCAUGGAGCCUAUUCACUCCUUUGCAGAUGAUUUUUACACCCCCUACCUCAAUAUUCAUCCUUGA